AUGUCGCUGCGAAUGCUCCAGAAGCAGGUGGGCGCCGGCCCUUCAGAGGUCUCGGCCGAGGCGAAAGCGGCGCUGCAACCAGGUGGCAAAGGCCGUCCCGCCGGAGGCUACUACUCAUCUGCAGGUGCAACACAAGCUGGAGGAGGCGGCUCUGGUGGCAGUUACUAUGACAGCCACCGGAGCCCGGCAUCCUCAGGCCGUGCUCCGCCGCCCGAGAAGCCUUCAUCAGGCUUCGUCGCUUCGCCGGGCGUGCGCGGCGGCUUCCAUGGAAGCGAUGCGCAGCGUGCGCACGUGGAGGCCAUGCGUCGCUCUACAGCGGAUGCGGCUCCAGUCGCCAUGCCGGCACAGGAUGUGGCUGUCCGUUCGCAUUUGGGGCUGAACGCCUUGAAGGAGCGAAAGCAGAAAGAAGAGGAGGAGAAACAAGCCAAGCGUGAGGCUGCACGCGCCAAGCGCCGGUCCGAUGCUACGCAGAAGGAGGUCGCUGACGAACAAGCCUUGGCCGAGUGCGAAGCACAAGCAUGGCAAGACAGCGAAAACGUUGCAAGAGUGAAGUACGAAGCGGCACUGGUGGUCCGAAUAGCGUUGAAGUUUGGGAGCACCGGCGUCUGGACCAAGAUUGCCGAGGCAAGGGCACGAGGCACCGACUUGCCACUGGAUCCCCGCAAGAUCUACUUGCUGGUCCGCGGCCAUCGUUUGCUGAGUUGA